AUGCCAGGUUCGUGUUUAUGUUUCUUGGAACGUUUCGUGUUUUAUUUUAUGAGUCAUGAUGAGUUUACUGGAGCAGAUGCCAGUGCCUCCCAUACUUACCCAGCUCGAUGUUCCUCACUGCGUAAAGGUGGACAUGUAAUCUUGAAUAGUAGGCCGUGUAAGAUCGUGGAUAUAUCUACGGCUAAGCCUGGUAAACAUGGCCACGCCAAGGUCAUUGGUGUUUACAGUGACGAGUUGACUUUGAUGAACGACCGCGGUGAGCUCCACCAUGUGUCGCUCCCUUCAGACGACGCCCUCAAACAACGUAUCCAAGAGAAGUACGAUAAUGAAGAAGAUUUUUUGGUGACUUUACUGAUGGCGAUGGAUGACGUAAUGGUGGUUGCAGUCAAGGAUAUUAAUCCAUACAAAUAA